ACUGGUAUGUGUGGGGCUCCAGCCACUUAGUUGGAAUUCACCAUGAACUGCAUCUCGAGGAUCAAGUUUAGGCUUCCCAGUCCAUUGUGACAUCCAGCAAAGUGGAGCCGGGCGCCCCCAGCAUCCCGUCUGUCUGACGCUAAAUGGCGAAGCUCUCCAACCCACUUAGCUCCAAGCUCAACCUUCUGCAAAAGUUCAACCUUCUGCACCACUGGGGAUAUCGUGCAGCUCAGGUGAGAGGCAAGGAGCAUCGCAUAAGGCUAGAGUCAGAUGCCAUUAAUCCCCACUCCACCUCCCGGGCUGGGAUCAUCUUACGUCCCGGAGCCCGGCGGUCGGAACCGCCAGCACACCGGAGCAGCGACGGCGGCAGCAACUUUGGGACUGGCGAGAAGCCAGGGCGGGGGUGGUCGGCGUCCCCGGGCCUCUCAUUACAGCGCUUAAGUACUGCGGGUGGAGAAAAGUAAACACAGGCAAGUGCAGCUGUGCGGGGAAAGGGCGGGGG